AUGGCACCCGAAGCCUCUUCUCAAACGGACAACGCGCCGCCGACAUCGCCUAAUCCUACUGUCCCUCCGAAUGCGCAACACCCUGCCCAGACAUUUGGCCAGCAACAACAAGCGCAACAGCAACAGGCAGGAUUCCAACAGGACCCUCGAAGCUAUGGUCCUGCCUUUGCGCCCUACCCGCAACCGCAACAACCAACUGUUCCACCACAAUGGGUCCCUCCUCGAGUUCAAGAGACCAAGGCCUGGAUGAUCACCAAAUUGGCGCUUCACGGUAUCGACAUCGUUACAUGUAUUGUUGGUUUGGCCCUUACAGGUGCCUUGAAGAACGUUGAGACCCUUGGCUUGGUGGCGGUUGGUGCUUGCCCUCUGUUUGUCAUGGCUAUAGUCUGGGAUAUUGCAGAACUUCUCACUCGCUUCGGACGCAAGUGGAAGGCUGGCAUUCAUCCUGGUGCUCACGUAGCUAUCCAUCUGUUCCUCUGGCUCGGUGCCGCGAUCGUUGGUGGACUGGAGAGCACUUUCAGCGCCUACUACUCCUCCUUUGACUAUCUUGAUGAGGAUUGCGAAUACAAUCGCGAACAGAGAAGAUAUGUUUGCACAAGUAACGAAGGCGUUGCCAGCAAAAAAGCGCUUUUUAUGGCACUAUCAGUCUUCACCUGUCUUCUCUGGCUCUGGCAGUUCGUUCUCUUUGUUGGUGCCUGUAUCGAUACGCAAAAGCGAAACGCUGCUUUGAGGAAGCCCGUCAUGGUAUGGGGUGGUCCUCCUUACUGGGGUCCCGGACAACAGGGUUUCCAGCAGAUGCCGCAAUACUACGCGCCUCCUCAGGGACAGGGCUUUCCCAUGCAGACCUGGGCGCCACCACAGAAUGCUCCUGGAAAUGGCAAGGAGGCAGCGGCUAUGACUCAACCUCAGCCCGCGGCAGAGCGAUACGCUUAA